AUGACGACGCUUCUUCUUACCGUGUUCAUUUCUUUGGCUUCACUCGUUCUAGCUUCUCAGCCUCAGCAAACCUUUUUGGACCUCCAUUCUUCCGAUUAUGCCAUCCCUCUACAAUGGAAAUGGCUUGGUACUGUAGACAUUGAUCAAAAGACUGUCUAUUUAACGGACAAAACUUUUAAAACCAGUGAUGACAGGUAUGGUGCUCUCUGGGCUAAUACGCCUCUUUCAGAAGAUAGAUGGCAAAUGCAAACAUCUUAUGUUGCCCAUGCAAGCGAGCAUGAAGCGGUAAAAUUUGGACUUUGGUACACCAAUACACCUAGUUCUGAAGGCCCUAUUUGUGGCUCUUCUGAUGCAUGGGACGGUCUUUUGAUUGAACAAGAAGUAGAUCCUACCGGUAAGCUCGUUGUUCGUGCUAUAUUGAACGAUAAAUCGAUUUCUAUGGCUCAGUUAUCUGAUCCAGAUCUGGUAGCAUUUGCAAAAUGCACUUUCGAGGGUAUGUCCGAUAAGCUUGUAUCGACUGAUUUGGUUUAUGACGAAGAAGAUGGUCUUUCAUUACUCAUCAACCAACAGACAUGCUUCUCAACAAAAGAGGUUUUGUUGCCUAAAGGCUAUUACCUUGGUUUCUCCUCCACAACAUCCUCGAUGAAACAAAAUAUUGCCUUAUCCAACGUCAACGUAUUCGAUUCUAAUCAUUUUAUAACAAAACAACAGCAUCUUUUCCAGUCUGAACAUCAGGGACGCCAAGAAGCACCUGUCGUUCAAACACAUUCCGAACCCACCGGCAACGUAGAAUCGGAAACAAUUCGUGCCUUGCAAGCUGAUGUACAAAAGCUGUCGUCUGACGCGAGUUCCUUGAAUCAAAGGCUAGCGAGCCUACAUGUCACAACGUCCAAUUUGUUGGAUCGUCUAAACAGUCUUUCCAACAGUCAAGUCUCUAGCGAGAGACUUCAGGAACUUGAGAAUCGUUUUAAAAGUACAUUGACUUCCCAUUCUCUCAAUUCAGAGUCCGUUUCGGACCGUCUAACCAAAUUUGAAAAGGAUCUUGCAAGUAAUGUCGCAAAGUCUUCUUCCCAUGUUAAUUUCACCAAUGUCCUCAUCGUUGUCAUUCUUGGUGUCAUAGUUUCCUAUGGAGUUGUACUCGUUCGCCGAGAACGUCGUCGUUACAAGUACCUUUAA